UUUAUCAGUAGGAAUUUUUGAAUGUAACCUUUUAAAUGAAAGCAGUUUGUUUUUUCAUUGCAGGAUAAAGCACAUGAGCUGGGUAGAAUCAUGAUACUACAGGAGCAGAAUGAAGGUCUGCACCAAAGUUUGCUGAAGACAGCAGUGAGGAUGGAGUGUCUAGGAGAGGAAUUCAUGAGCAGCCAAAAGCUGUUGGAGGCAGAACUUCAGAGGACACGCUUGGAGCUCAGCAACCUCACAGAGAGGUUUAAAAGACUACAUGAUAACUACUCCUCCACACAACAGACCAAUAAUCUUCUAGAGCAAAAGCUUCAUUCAGUGGCUCAGAAUAUGGAAGGCGAACGCGAGAGGUUGAACCAGCGUAUUUCAGAGCUGACCGAGCAGCUCUCUGGUACAAAAUUUGUCAACAACAUGGAUGUAUUCAAUGUAGCAUCAGUGCCAGCUGAUACCAACCUUCAUUUUCAACCAGAUGAUGCCAUUGAUCAGAUGGUUCUCCCCAUCGCUCCCCCUCCGGCGGAGUUCAUGGACAGCCAUAACUGUGGAAAGGCCAAAGCCACUGGACAGGAGCAACUUCUGGGUUCGGUUCCAGAGGAAGAGGAAUCUGACUGGUCAGAGAUGGGAGAGGAGACUCCACGGUUAAUACUGACAGGAUCAAGCAGAGGUCAAACAUGGAGACACCAGGAAGGAGACCUGGACAAAGAUAGUGAGUCGGGAGGCGAGGAAAUCAUCAGACGACACUCUUCUCGCCUAAUGCAGAUACCUCAUCUGCAGUUCACCAUCCACAAUGAGAUUUUAUCAGCAUCCCACACUAAUUCCUGCCCUUCUGGUUUCAAGAAUCUGUCUGAUAGCUUGAAGGGAGAGGGAAGUUACAGGAUCACAACAAGUCCAAGCCUUGGGUCUGCCAUCCUGAUCCGGUCAGCCAGCCUGGAGGAAAUCCCUCUGGCACGCCAUCACAUGCAGAAAGAGCUGAGAGGCACAGAGGCCAUGAUGAACCUGCACCACCCAGGAGAGGAUUCAGAUAAUGAGAUCAUUCAUCACUGGAGAACGAGCGACAACAGGGACAGCAGAGCUUCAGAGUCAGACAACAGCCUGGCCAGCCUGCAGUCGGCCGAGCGGAUGCUCAACCACUUCAUGUGUGAUCCUCAGUCCAGUGAAGGAAGAGAGGCAGGCAGGGCUGAGGUGCACGGAUGGACAGGAGGGAUUCCAGAUGAUGUGUUGAAAGACGAACGAACAAAGCUGUGACAGUGACAUGAAUGCACCGUUUACUGUGUCUGAAAGCAUAAUUUAAGUUGAUCUUUAUUCUUUGUGGAAAGCUAAUUAAAGCUCUGUUCAGUUGCUCAGUGGUUCAGCUCUGCUAACGUGGUUUGAGGAGACUUAACCUUAAAAUUUAAACCAUAAUUUACUGUAUUUACUUUGAUAGCCUGACAUUAACACCUUUCAAACAACGCAGUGGGCUCCCUAUACUAAUUUAACCAAUUAUAUGUGAUUAUUAUAGCAGACACAUGCUUAGAGUAAUUGGAGGCAGAGGAAUUAAAUAUAUAUGUACUUUUAAAAACACCUUAGAUUUGUUCAUUUGAUGCUAAAAUGUGUAUUUCUGUUGCAUAGAUGCAUAUAUAAGUAGACAUAGUUUUUGUUUUCAUCCGAGCAAAAUACAAAAAAAAAUUGUUUGUGUUGCUGAGAGGCAUUAUUAAUUCAUAUAAGUUGUACUUUUUGCUGAAGUAGCCACAGUUACACACACCAAAUGCAUUGUCUGAUGCUUUAAAUUGUAAGUGCUCUAAAAAUGUAAAUAUAAGAAAAUAUUUUUUUUCCUGUCAGUCGAUGCUCCUGUUGUAAAAAGUAUAUAUAGUAGACAUAUAUAACAUAAAGCAAACUUACAAAUACAGUUCUAAAAUAACUUUAUGUCUAUAUACAAAAGUAUUAUCUUGUAUUAUGUAUGUCUUUUCCCUCUUGUUGCAAUAAUUUGGCAAACUAAAUGAGUACAACUAAACAAAUGCAUGUAAAUCUGUCCAUAUAACAGCCAAUAAACCAACAUAAGAAACAGUGAAACAUC